CCCCCUGUAUGAUGUCAUUCUCUCCUGCCCGUAACUUGAUCACGUGCUCGUGAAAUCACAACUUCCUCAUAGCAAGUCCAUUCCAGCGAGUACGGAGCUGCGUCAGAGGGACUGCGAAGGUGAGCGAGGGCUGGCUGCGCCCGCGGCUAUCUAGCACACAAAAUGGCGCAGUGGAACCAAUUGCAGCAGCUGGACACGAGAUACUUGGAGCAGUUACACCAGCUCUAUAGUGACAGCUUUCCAAUGGAGCUUCGCCAGUUCCUUGCCCCGUGGAUCGAGAGCCAAGACUGGGCAUUUGCAGCCAGCAAGGAGUCCCAUGCCACACUGGUGUUUCACAACCUACUGGGGGAGAUAGACCAGCAAUACAGCCGAUUUCUGCAAGAAUCCAACGUACUUUAUCAACACAACCUGCGGCGGAUUAAACAGUUCUUACAGAGUAGAUAUUUGGAAAAACCCAUGGAAAUUGCCCGAAUCGUGGCCCGGUGUCUGUGGGAAGAAGGGCGACUUCUCCAAACUGCCGCAGCAGCUGCACAGCAAGGAGGUCCGGCCUCGCACCCCACAGCAGCCGUGGUUACGGAAAAGCAGCAGAUGUUGGAGCAACAUUUACAAGACGUGCGGAAAAAAGUCCAGGACCUGGAGCAAAAGAUGAAAGUUGUCGAGAACCUUCAGGAUGACUUUGAUUUCAACUACAAAACUUUAAAAAGCCAAAGCGACCUUUCUGAGCUGAAUGGCAGCAAUCAGUCAGUCACAAGGCAGAAGAUGCAGCAGCUGGAGCAGAUGUUAACUGCGUUGGAUCAGUUGAGAAGGACCAUUAUUAGUGAUCUGGCCAGUCUCCUGUCAGCCAUGGAAUAUGUUCAGAAGACAUUGACUGACGAAGAGCUCGCUGAUUGGAAGAGGAGGCAGCAAAUUGCCUGCAUUGGUGGGCCCCCAAAUAUUUGCCUUGAUCGGCUGGAAAACUGGAUAACCUCCCUGGCUGAGUCCCAGCUCCAGACCCGACAGCAGAUCAAAAAGCUAGAGGAGUUACAGCAAAAGGUUUCCUACAAGGGAGACCCAAUAGUUCAGCACCGACCCAUGCUGGAGGAGAGAAUUGUGGAGUUAUUUAGAAACCUCAUGAAAAGUGCCUUUGUAGUGGAGAGGCAGCCGUGUAUGCCAAUGCAUCCUGACCGCCCGCUGGUUAUUAAGACGGGAGUACAGUUUACUACCAAAGUCAGGCUGCUGGUGAAGUUCCCCGAGCUCAAUUACCAACUGAAAAUUAAAGUUUGCAUUGACAAGGAUUCGGGCGAUGUCGCUGCACUAAGAGGUUCACGGAAGUUCAAUAUCCUCGGUACAAACACCAAAGUUAUGAACAUGGAGGAAUCAAACAAUGGGAGCCUCUCUGCUGAAUUCAAACACUUGACUCUGAGAGAGCAGCGAUGUGGGAAUGGGGGAAGAGCAAACUGUGAUGCCUCCCUUAUAGUUACGGAAGAGCUGCAUCUCAUCACAUUUGAAACUGAAGUUUAUCAUCAGGGGCUGAAGAUCGACCUGGAGACUCAUUCCCUGCCAGUUGUGGUGAUUUCCAAUAUCUGUCAGAUGCCCAAUGCUUGGGCUUCUAUCCUGUGGUACAACAUGCUGACCAACAACCCCAAGAAUGUCAACUUUUUCACCAAGCCCCCCAUUGGCACUUGGGACCAGGUGGCGGAGGUGCUCAGCUGGCAGUUUUCCUCGACCACCAAACGGGGACUGAGUAUUGAGCAGCUCACGACUCUGGCAGAGAAACUGUUGGGUCCCGGAGUCAACUAUUCCGGAUGCCAAAUCACCUGGGCCAAGUUCUGUAAGGAAAACAUGGCCGGCAAAGGGUUCUCCUUCUGGGUUUGGCUGGACAACAUCAUUGAUCUUGUGAAGAAAUAUAUCCUGGCACUUUGGAAUGAAGGGUAUAUUAUGGGCUUCAUCAGCAAAGAGCGUGAGCGAGCCAUUCUGAGUACCAAGCCCCCGGGAACGUUCCUGCUGAGGUUCAGUGAAAGCAGCAAGGAGGGAGGCAUCACCUUCACCUGGGUAGAGAAAGACAUCAGUGGUAAGACUCAGAUUCAGUCAGUGGAACCCUACACCAAGCAACAGCUAAACAACAUGUCAUUUGCUGAGAUUAUUAUGGGAUAUAAAAUCAUGGACGCUACCAAUAUCCUGGUGUCCCCUUUGGUUUACCUGUACCCCGAUAUCCCUAAAGAGGAAGCCUUCGGAAAGUACUGCCGCCCAGAGAGCCAGGAGCAUCAGGAGCCCACUGACCCAGGUAGCACGGCCCCAUAUCUAAAGACCAAGUUUAUCUGCGUUACCCCGACAACGUGUAGCAGUACAUUAGAUUUGCCAAUGUCUCCUCGGACUUUGGAUUCUUUGAUGCAGUUUCCAGGGGAAGGGGUGGAAUCCAGCGCUGGAAAUCAGUUUGAGACCCUAACGUUCGAUAUGGAGCUUACGUCCGAAUGCGCAGCUUCUCCCAUGUGACCUGCCACCUUCCUCCUGUGUUUCUCCAUUGCCAACCUAGGUUAGCAUGUAUAUUGCCUUUUGCUGCCAAUGGUCAGCCAUUGUGCCCAUGUACCCGUGCUGUCCGAGCUACACUGACUGCUGCCAGAGUGGCCUGUGAUGCAUUGUGCCCAUGUACCUGUGCUGUCUGAGCUACACUGACUGCUGCCAGAGUGGCCUGUGAUGCAUUGUGCCCAUGUACCUGUGCUGUCUGAGCUACACUGACUGCUGCCAGAGUGGCCUGUGAUGCAUUGUGCCCAUGUACCUGUGCUGUCUGAGCUACACUGACUGCUGCCAGAGUGGCCUGUGAUGCAUUGUGCCACAAUGUACAGCAGAGAAGGCGAUAUAUGCAUCAUUUUUUUAACAGUAUAAACAAAUAAGAACCUGUAUAUAUUAUUUGUUUUCCUAUAUUUCCGUUUAUUUACAGUAGAAGCUGAUUUACUGGUUUAUUUGGAUAAAGGGGAAGUAUUGCCUCUGGUGGAAAUACAUCCAGUUUCUUUGCCUUUUGAGCAAAUUAAAAACAAGGUGCUACCACCAUUUCUGGGAAAUUUAAAAUUUGAUUUGACUCUUAUUGCUGCGGAUAAAGCACUUAUGUUCUGCUAUCACUUUGGAAUAAAAACUUUUCCCAAAAGUGGCAGAAGGAGCUCUACAAAAGCUAUGGUGACACUACCCCUUUAACCUUACGUCUGUGAAGAAAUAUAAUCAGUACUUUAUUAUAGGAGAAUUUAGGAAACCGAGGUGAGAUGUGAAUAAUACUCUUUCUGUUACUCCUUUCCGAAUGAAAGCUUUCGGGGGUUCACUUGCUAACCUGGGAGCCCCCCGUUCAGUAAAGGCAAUGGCCUAUGCGUUCUCUGUUCUAUCCACAAAGGUAUCUGUACAUUAAUAUUUUACUGUAUCUAUUUAUAAUUUUCUUAAAAGUGCAAUAAUUGGUAUUGUUGAGAUAUACACCUUUCUAUUGUUACAUUAAACUAACUUUUGUAUGCAUGUCUUAAAAAUCCGCUGGUUUGUUUUCCGA